AUGGCGAGAAGAUUCUCUCCAGCCGAGCUCGUCGGCAGAGCUCUGGACGCCGACGAGACUAUCGAGGUCGGCCUUGGACCAUGGACACAGUGUCUGGUUGAUGGGUCAGGCUUCAACGCCUUCAAUCACAUCAUGGUGGCCAUCGACGGCGCAUGUCGCAACAACGGGCGAGCUGACGCAAGAGCAUCCCUCGGCGUCUAUUUCGGCAAAGACAACAGCAGAUGGAACAAAUCCGAAAUCCUGCCCGCGCGCGAAGCCACCUCGCAGCGGGCAGAGCUCUGCGCCGCGUUGAGAGCGCUCCAUCUAGUUGACAGCUACGUCGCCCGCGAACGGAACCGCUCCGUCACCGACGGGAGGACCCUCGAAAAGCUCGUCAUCAAGUCCGACUCCGACUAUCUGGUCCAAGCCAUGACGGAGUGGAUCUUUACCUGGUCCGAGAACGACUAUAGAGACGCCUCGGGCAGCCCGGUCCAGAACGCAGACCUAUUCCGUCGCAUCCUCACGCUGGUGGGAAAGCUGGACCAGGAGAGGAAGCUGAAAGUGCUGUUCUGGAAGGUCCCCCGGGACGAGAACAUGGACGCGGACAGACUGGCCAAUGCAGCGCUCGACACCGCCGCUGCCUCGACCUGGGAUUACCUGGCACCAGAUGACCGAGAGUCAGAAGAGUAUGACAGCAAGCGCGUCUGGAGAUGGCACAUGCGGAUGGCCCAUGUAAAACUCCGGACUCUCCGGAUGGCCAUCAGGAGCGGCACGGGCAUUGAUGUCACGGAGGAGCAGGUUCAGCGGGAGAUCGAUAAAGGUGCCUCAUGCCCGACCUGUGUUCGAAUGGGGAAUGGGCCGGACGGCAUAGAUUUCGAUUGA